GCAGGAAGUCGCCCUGCAGCUGCAGCGGCGUGGAGGCUGCCCGAGAGAUGCCUCUGCUGGUGGAGGGGCGGCGGCUCGACCCGGCUCGGACCCUCCGGGACCUGCUGCGCGCCUUCCCGGAGCUGGAGGAGCAAGCCAAGCAGUUCCGCAGCCAACCAGCUCAAGCGGUGGGACCGAAAGGACUUCUCUAUGUCCAGCAAAGAGAAUUUGCGGCCACCACGUCCAAAGAUGGUUCUGUUUCCAUUCUUGGUUCAGACGAUGCCACAACAUGCCAUUUUGUGGUUCUGAGACAUACAGGGAGCGGAGCCAUUUGUCUAACUCACUGUGACGGAUCAGAUACUGAAACAGAAGUUCUGCUGAUCGUAAAUGCAGUAAAAGUGCUUUCUCUAAGCACAGACUGUGGAAGGUUGGAGUUGCACCUGGUUGGAGGGUUUUGUGACGAUAGGCGCUUGUCUCAGCAUCUUACCAGUCAGCUGUUAAGAGCGUUUGACCGCUUGUUAGAUAAUGUUUAUUUGAUGACCUUCUGUGUCACAGAGCUGAAUGAUCGCCAAGAAAGUGGCAGGCAUUUGCCGUAUAUUUAUGGAAUCGGUGCAAACGUUAAAAUGGGUGAGAUUUUCCACGCCACAUUUCCAGACCGAGGACCUGAUGAAGACAUGCGAUCUGCCAGCGUAUUAGCAGGAGCAAAGAUGAUCAGCAUUUAUGACUCCAAGAAGGAGCAACUCUGCAUUGGGCCUUACUACUGGAUGCCUUUCCCUCACGUGGAUUUCUGGUUGGAGCAGAGCAACCAGACCAUCUUACAGAAUCUCUCCACAUCACCCCUGGCUGAGCCCCACCAUUUUGUGUCACACAUCAGAGCUACUUUGCUUUAUCUAAGAGAACAUCCGUUCCCCGAGAAGACCCUCUUCCCGACUCAAAAACCUCGCCUCUACAAAAAAAACGCCGAGGGCUUGUGGGAAAGAGUCUCUGGCCAGAUCUAAUCCGAAAGGGAGAAACCAGGGGCACUCCGGAAGUCAAGAAGAAGGAUGUCAAGAGACCUUCCUUAUGCCAUGCACCUUUACCUGGUGAGCACCCCCCCCCCUGCAAAGACGUCAGGGGAAACCAAGUGGGUUGCAUUUAUGGGAUGGACCUCCCUCAAAUAUCCCGUCUUUUCCAAAACAGGCAGCCGAUCCGGUGCAAAAUUAGGUAAACGUUUCACAUUUCAUUGGAGUUGGGUCCAAAGUUCUCAAGAACCUAAAACGGGCCUCAGUGUGGUUUGCAAAGAAGGAGGUGAAACCUCCUCGGUUGGUUCUCCCAUCCCUGCUCCGUCAAAUUUUCUUGCUUCAGUCGGUUCUUCAAGGCCGGCGUCUUAAUGCUAAGCCGCCAUGCUGUUUGUUUCAUCGGAGCUCUAUGGCCUUGAUAAAAUAUCAUCUGGAGACGUGCAGAAGCUUCCUGGGCACGUUCUCAUGUUGGAAUGAAGCCUUCUGGUCCCUGAAAUGGUCCUUUUUCUGACCCAGGCUUCCCAAAAGCACAAAGCCGACUCCUCGUCCCGAUAAAACCCCUUUUAUUUAGUUUCAAAGGAAUUCCUCUUCAGCAAAAUCCCGGCCAGCAGUCUUUCAUGAGGUUUCACAACUACAGACCUUGAUCAGCUUGGAGAGCUGCCGGGCCGAUAUCUUCCAAACUCCACGCUGUAGCAGCAA